ACAUUGAAGGCAACAGCUUUUUAAUAUAGUCAGCUGCGUGGGAUUUUAAACUGAUCAUUGGUUUGAUAUCGAGCCAGUUGGCUACUCCCGUAAUCUUCGAAUGGCUACAGAAACAUCUGUGCGAAUUUGUAUGAACAUACGGACACCGCGGAAAUGUUGGAAAUUAAACCCGCUGGUUUAGUCAUGUGAUUACCACUCCAACCUAGUCAUCACGAGGGAUGAGCCAGCCAAUGAGUGGGGUAGACCAAAAUUGACUAAGCUGGUGGCUCACUUAUCUCUACCUUUAUGUGGACAUGUAAACUAUUUCACCACUAGCCCUCACCAUCUUGUAUCUACGUUAUUUGCAAACAGAAAAUGUGUAGAGAUUCCAAAAUAAUGAUUCAUACCUACAGUUUAAUCAACAAAAUCCACAGCACAUACAAUCCUGUCGGACGACAUUUUGGUAUGCACACGGGAUACCGGGACGUUUUUAGAGUGGUUGAAGAACAGACAGGGCGGUAAAAUGCCACAGAAAGAUCCUUGUCAGAAGCAAGCAUGCGCUAUUCAGAAAUGUUUACAAGCCAACAAGUACAUAGAGAGCAGGUGCGAUGACGUGAUAAGAGCAAUGCGUGUGUGCUGUGAGCACGCAGGCGAGAACUCCGUCUGCUGCUCAGGAUUCGUUAGGGAACAGAAAUCUACAGAGCCUAAAACCUUACUGUAGCUGCAACAUGACCUGAUUGUGGCCACUGGGCAACUGUUUUAUUUGUAAUUUGAACACAAUGACAAACCAAAAAAAACAUUCAAGAGUUGUUGUUUUUAUUGACAGCAAAUGAUAAUAGAAGGAUGGAGUUCAUUAAUGUUCAGGUACUGUAGCUAUAUCAGUGAAACUGGCAAACUACAUCAUUCAGGACAGUUGACUUUGUUUUACUCUUAGAGUUUAAACAUUUGUUUAACAAAAUAUUGAAUUUUAACAGUGAAAAAUACUAUUCAGCUUUUAACAGAUUUUCCAAUUGCUUAAUGCUACUUAUGGUAAUGAACAAGGAAACAAACAGUGGAGUGAACCUACAUUUCGACCAGUAUUUCUCAUCUCUGCAUUUCAUGUGAAGGGCUAUUGAUAUCCACUAUGACAUAUUCCAUGAUUGUUUAGUUAUUUGUAUGUGUAUCCCGUUAGUCUGUUUUUAUAGUGCAACUAUAAUGAGCACAAUGUGUACUUCCACCUGACUCAGAUUUCAGUCUAGAAACACCUUGGUCUCAAAUAAAUACUUAAUAAACAAAUUCCUUCAGUGGUAAAUAAGUAAUUACUAUUGGAGACAUGUAAACAGCAUAAUUGUCUUUGAAUUUCACUUUAAAAUAGAACAAGUACCAAAUGAUAGAUAACUUCAUAAACCAAACUUUAGUAUUUUGGCCUAGUUCUCUGUUACAGUAUUUACUCAUACAUGUAGUAUUUCUGCAUGUAACUUUAAAAAAAAAAGAAGGAUAAAAGGAUGUUGCUCCAGUUCCAUCUGACUAAAAACAUUUACAAGCAUCAAGAAUAAACUGGGUGGAUCUAAAUAAUUUCUCAAAACAGUAACACACUAAAUGCUUAGGAACAUUAAUAGAAAAGAUAACUGAAGUGUUGCUUAUACCACAUGUACACAAUCCAUGCAUAAACCUCACCCACAAAUAUAGUAUUUAAAUGGUCUGUUGUUGUUUUCCAAAAUGGCCAGAUGUCCAUGAGCCCAAAAACACUUUAAGCUUAUGUUUGCAUUUUGACAUAUUAAGUGGUCUGCUUGCAUAUCUAGACAGAUGCUUAGGUUUAUAAGCUUUUUCCAACCAUGUAUUUGACACAAAAUAUAAAGACAAAAAAA